AUGAAAAGAGGAUAAGGAGGCACUACUAACUAGGAAUAUUAAAUCCGCCCUAAAUAAAGAGAAAAAUUUAGACCAGGCAAAGCAAAAGAAAUAAUUAGUGAAACAUUAAAUUUAAAAUUAAAAAACUAAGUAUACACUGAUGCAGCUACUGUGUCUACAAUCUCUAGAGAUAUUGCUGACACCAUUAAAUACAAAUUAAAAGAUUUAGGAUUACCAAGAUAUAAGUUUAUGGUAUCAGUUAUUAUUGGAUAAUAAAAAGGUUAAGGUGUAAGAGUCGGAUCUCGUUAAUUUUGGGAUUUCGAUACUGAUUAUGUAGCUAGUGAUUAUUAUGUCAAUGACUCACUAUUUUGUCUUGUAACUGUUUACGGCGUUUAUCUUUACUGA